UAGCUCUACAAGAGAUCGAGAGAUCGAUCGAGAGAGAGAGAGAGAGAGAGCACGCGGAAGAUGCUGGCGUUUACUAAAGAACUCCUGAAUGUUCCCUUGCUUGGCCAGCUGACGCCCGGCGGCGUACAACAGCCAUGGCGGCGGCCUUUCCUACACCUACACCCUCGCCGUCGACCAUGUGCAGGGCCCGCGCUAAUAAGCAAAUCCCCAUACUCGGAGUCAGGAAAAGCUCGGGAACGGACAGUUGAUGGACAUUUUGGACACAAGCAGGAUGAGCCAAGCGAAAUGGCAAGCAUGGUUCAUGCCAUCAGAACAGCAUUGAGGUCAAUCGGAGAGGGUGAGAUUAGCAUUUCAGCCUAUGACACGGCAAUGGUAGCCCUUCUCAAGAACCCAGAUGUGGGUGAUGCGCCACAGUUCCCAUCGACCAUUGACUGGAUCAUCCAGAAUCAGCUACCCGAUGGUUCAUGGGGUGAUCAAGCCUUCUUCAUGAUCAGAGACAGGAUCAUCAGCACCCUAGCGUGUGUUGUGGCAUUGAAGACUUGGAACAUGCAUGCUGACAAAUGGGAGAGAGGUCAGUUAUUUAUCCAAGAAAAUAUGUGGAGGUUGGCACAUGAGGAAGAGGACUGGAUGCUAGUCGGAUUCGAGAUUGCCUUGCCCUCACUCCUAGACAUGGCCAAGGAUCUUGACCUUGACAUCCCUUACAAUGAGCCAGCCCUGAAAGAAAUAUAUGCAGAGAGAGAAAGAAAGCUGGCUAAGAUUCCGAGAGAUGUACUGCACGCUAUGCCAACGACUCUGCUUCACAGCAUAGAGGGAAUGGUAGACUUGGACUGGGAAAAGCUCCUUAAGCUCCGGUGUCUCGAUGGAUCCUUCCAUUGUUCACCUGCUGCAACAGCUACUGCUCUCAAGCAAACAGGAGACAAGAAAUGCUUCGAGUACCUUGAUGGAAUCAUCCAAAAAUUUAAUGGCGGAGUGCCAUGUAUCUACCCUUUGGAUGUGUAUGAACGCUUAUGGGCGGUUGAUCGGUUGACAAGGUUGGGCAUAUCAAGGCACUUCACAAGCGAAAUUGAGUAUUGCUUAGACUAUAUUUACAGGAACUGGACUCCUGAUGGAUUAGCUCAUACAAAGAACUGCCCGGUAAAGGAUAUCGAUGACACAGCCAUGGGUUUUCGUCUCCUCCGACUUCAUGGCUACCAUGUCGACCCAUGUGUGUUGAAACACUUCGAAAAGGACGGCAAGUUCUUCUGCUUGCACGGGGAGUCGAAUCCAUCUUCUGUCACCCCCAUGUACAACACUUAUCGGGCUGCCCAGGUCACAUUUCCUGGUGAUGACGACGUCCUUCGGCGGGCUGAGGUAUUUUGUCGUGAAUUCCUCCAUGAGAGGAGAGGCUCAAACAGAAUGAAGGACAAAUGGGCAAUUGCAAAGGACAUACCAGGCGAGGUCGAAUAUGCCAUCGACGUCCCAUGGAAAGCAAGCUUGCCACGAAUCGAAACGAGGAUAUACUUAGAUCAAUAUGGAGGUAGUGGUGAUGUCUGGAUUGGGAAGGUUCUCCACAGGAUGACUCUCUUCUGCAAUGAUCUUUAUCUCAAGACAGCCAAAGCUGACUUCAGCAAUUUCCAAAGAGACAGCCGAAUGGAGUGGAAUGACCAUAGAAAGUGGUAUUUCAGGAGUAAUCUUGAGAAGUAUGGUGUGACCCCAAAGAGUGCACUGACAGCUUACUUCUUAGCUUCAGCGAAUAUAUUCGAGCCAAACCGAGCUGCGGAACGUCUUGGAUGGGCUCGCACAGCAGUGCUUGCAGAGGCUGUCUCCUCGCACUUGCGGAGAAUUGGGGGACCAAAGAAUUCGACUGAGAAUCUUGAAGAUCUUAUCGACCUUGUUCCAUUUGAAGGUGCUUCUGGCAGUCUUCGUGAUGCGUGGAAGCAGUGGCUCAUGUCAUGGGCUGCAAAGGGGAGCCAGGGAUCAAUUGAAGGGGAUACAGCACUGUUGUUAGUUCGCACGAUCGAAAUUUUCUCAGGAAGGCAUGUUUCGACCGAGCAAAAGCUCAGCCUCUGGGAGUAUUCUCAGCUCGAGCAGCUCACCUCCUCCAUCUGCUCCAAACUUUCGAGGAGGGUUCUUGCUCAGAAUGGAGAAAGUAUCGAGAACACUCAGAACCACCUAGACCGGCAAGUGGAUUUGGAGAUGGAAGAAUUGGCUCGGCGUGUUCUUCAGGGCUGCAGCGCACUCAACAGAGCGACCAGGGAGACAUUUCUCCAUGUGGUGAAGAGCUUCUGCUACGUUGCCUAUUGCCCUGCUGAAAAAAUUGAUAACCACAUCGAUAAGGUCAUAUUCCAGGAUGUCGUUUAGGAACAAACGUCAUUAUGCCCGAUGUAAGUUCUUGUUAAUGAUCGAGUACGCCAAGAAUGUACUGUGAUCCUCAAGAAAUAAUAUAAAUAUAAUGAUGCGGUGUGUGGCCCA